AUGCCCAUAAACCUGGUGUCGCCACAUUCAUCAGGAAGUCAGGCGUGGAGCAGAAUGGAAGACACAAUAAGGGAUAAGCACCAGAGGCCAUCCGUUCUUCAUCAAGUUCCUCAAACAUCUUCCAGACAACAACGAGUACACUCAGAGAACAGUGCAGCUGUCUUUCUUUGUAAGGAGGAGGAAGAAACAGGCCAUCUUCCUUCGCCAUCUCCACUCCCCAUGGAGUCUGUACGACCGAACCUUCACCUCCUUCCAUCAGGCAGAGGUGAUCCAAAACCAGCUUCAAUCCAGGCCAGGCUUCAUGAUGGCAUUGGUGAGGGGACCAACGCUCUGUUUGUGAGUGGUCUGUGCUGCUGGCCAGGCUGUGGUGCAGUACUGGAAGAUUUCUCCAGUUUCUUAAAUCAUCUCCGUUCUGAACACAGACAUGGUGAAAGAAGUAUUGGUCAGUGGAGGGUCCAGCAGGACAUUGUUCAGUAUAUGGAACAACAGCUUGUUCUAGAAAAACAGAAACUCGUUGCGAUGCAAUUUCACCUCUCUGAACACAGAUACUCUGAGAUGAAGGUAACAUCCAAUUGGUCUUACCGUCUUCCUUUGUUGCUGCCGUCCUCUCAGCUGACCAAUGUGGACAGAGUGCAGCCAUGGAGCGUGACCCAUGUGGAUGAGUUAGUCCAGUGUAGUCACACAGCAACUGGUUCUGACCAUCUUCUCCCAGAUUUGGUCCCGACUAUUGAAUGCUACAAAUACAGCAACAUCAGGCCACCCUACACCUACGCUUACUUGAUAAGAUGGUCCAUCCUGGAGUCUACAGACAAACAGCGGUCUCUGAAUGAAAUCUACAACUGGUUCACCACCAUGUUCUUCUACUUCAGAUACAACACUGCUACAUGGAAGAAUGCUGUUCGUCACAACCUCAGCCUUCACAAGUGUUUUGUGCGUGUUGAGGGAGGAAAAGGAGCUGUGUGGACAGUAGAUGAAAGAGAAUACCAGAGAAGGAAGGGACAGAAAUACCACAGGGACUGUCCUUUGAAGUGGCUCACUUCCUACUCUCAUUACUGUCCUAAAGAUCCAUAA